GCGUGGCCGGCGCGAGGACGGCGUCGCUCCCUGCGCGGCCCCGACCCGAGCUGCGCGAGUCGGCCCCGCCGAGCCGGCCAGGGGCGGGGAGAUGAGCGGCGGCCCCGCGGCAGCGCCCCAGCAUGGGGAGGGACGCGCGGCUGUGCCAUCGGGAACUGGCGCUCCGGUGAAGUAGGGGCCGCGGGAGCCGCCGGCCGGCCGCCUGCACCGAGCCGUUCCGUGCGGCGGCCGCUCAGCCUCUGCCAUGGCCGGAUCCAGCGCGUGGAAGCGCCUCAAAUCUCUGCUACGGAAGGACGACGCGCCGCUGUUUCUAAAUGACACCAGCGCCUUCGACUUCUCGGACGAGGUGGGGGACGAGGGGCUUCCUCGGUUUAACAAACUUCGAGUUGUGGUGGCCGACGAUGGUUCUGAAAUCCCAGAAAGGCCUGUUAACGGGGCGCACCCGGCCCUGCAGGCCGACGACGAUUCCUUACUGGACCAGGACUUACCUUUGACCAACAGUCAGCUGAGUCUGAAGGUGGACCCCUGUGACAACUGCAGCAGACGGCGAGAGUUACUGAAGCAGAGAAAGGUGAAAACCAGAUUGACCAUUGCUGCCGUUCUUUACUUGCUUUUCAUGAUUGGAGAACUUGUAGGUGGAUACAUUGCAAACAGCCUAGCAAUCAUGACAGAUGCGCUUCAUAUGUUAACUGACCUAAGUGCUAUCAUACUGACCUUGCUUGCUUUGUGGCUCUCUUCAAAAUCACCAACCAAAAGAUUCACUUUUGGAUUCCACCGCUUAGAGGUUUUAUCAGCUAUGAUUAGUGUGCUGUUGGUAUAUGUACUUAUGGGAUUCCUCCUAUAUGAAGCUGUCCAAAGAACUAUCCAUAUGAAAUAUGAAAUAAAUGGAGAUAUAAUGCUCAUCACUGCAGCAGUUGGAGUUGCUGUUAAUGUAAUAAUGGGUUUUCUGUUGAACCAGUCUGGUCACCACUCCCAUUCCCACUCCCUGCCUUCAAAUUCUCCUACCACAGGUUCUGUGUGUAGACACAACCAUGGGCAGGACAGCCUGGCAGUGAGAGCUGCGUUUGUACAUGCCUUGGGGGAUUUGGUACAGAGUGUUGGUGUACUAAUAGCUGCAUACAUCAUAAGAUUCAAGCCAGAAUACAAGAUUGCUGAUCCCAUCUGUACAUAUGUGUUUUCAUUACUUGUGGCUUUUACAACAUUUCGUAUCAUAUGGGACACAAUAGUUAUAAUACUAGAAGGUGUACCAAGCCAUUUGAAUAUAGACUAUAUCAAAGAAGCCUUGAUGAAAAUAGAAGAUGUAUAUUCCGUGGAAGAUUUAAAUAUCUGGUCUCUCACUUCAGGAAAACCGACUGCCAUAGUACACAUACAGCUAAUUCCUGGAAGUUCAUCUAAAUGGGAGGAAGUACAGUCCAAAGCAAAGCAUGUAUUAUUGAACACAUUUGGCAUGUAUAAAUGUACUAUUCAGCUUCAGAGUUACAGGCAAGAAGUGGACAGAACUUGUGCCCAUUGUCAGAGUUCCAGUCCUUAACUUUAUACAUUUUUGGGACUACUGCCUUAUUUAUCCUGCAGUCACAGACCUGAGAGCAAUAAAUGCACACGCCUGAAUGAGACAAUGGAAUCCCUGCCAGCUGUGUCCAUAUCAAGCACAGGUCUCUCAGAACAAUCACUCCAGCCGGACAGUGCUAGUUUCUGUUUAAUGGUAAAAUGAGACUUCACCCUGACUUUCAGAGGAAGAUGUUUCCAACACUAUUUACAGAAUAAGAUGUGACUCUACAGAUACCUCAAAGAAGACAAUCCAAGACCACACUUCAUUAAUUAUGACAGAGUACAUGUCUUAAAGGAAGCAUCAAGAAUUCAGUAUUUACAUUUAAAAAUCCUUUUUAAAGACCAUUUUUUAUCAAGCCAGUGCUGGAAAACUGAAUUUUUUUUUAUUAUGUAAUCUUGACAUCCAGCUUCUGGAAUUUGACACCCAGCUCUCUUUUUACAGAAAUUAUUUCUCAGCAGAUUUCAGAAAGUACUAGACGUUAUCCAGAGAGUGGAAUAAGCAUGUAUUCCCAUGUUUCAGAAAUGUUUUACUUCACAAAUAACUUAAUGUUAUUAUUAUAGUUAUACUUUAUAAACAGUUUUUGCCAGAUGUUAUGGGGUUUUGCAUCUCAAAGUUAACAUUUUGGGUUAUUUGCAAUGUUGAUCAGAACUAAAUCUUUACAUAUUGUGAUCACUGUCAUGACGAUUAUUUAGGAAAUAUUUUCAGUACUAUUCUGAAUGGCAGAAGUUCAUCUUAAACUCCAGUUAUGAUAUGAUCAUGUAAAACAAAAUACAGGAGUAAGGAUGGAGUGUGGAAUGUCAGAUUUAAGUCUUCCUGAAAUCACUUUUAUUGUUCAUGGAAUUAUCUUUACUUAAGACUAGGAGGAGACUGCAAAAUGUGAACAGUGAUCCUCUGUCCUUUCAAGAACUGAAAGUUUGCUUGGUACCUUGCUUCUGGCCUCCUUAUCAGUUAGUCAGUUUGUGCCCUUUCAGGGUAAAACUCUGGAGGACUAAGGGUCAGUUUGUAAUGCCCAUCUUUCACAUGUGUAUUAAGCACAUUCCUUCAGAGAGAUUUUUGUUUGAUUAUAUGAGUCAGGGAUUCUCCAGGGACUCCAGAAACCCUAAGAUAUAAUUUUGAGGUUUUCCAAUAAUACCAUAGCAGAAAUGCCCAAAGAGAUAGGGAGAAGACAUUAUUCUGAGAAAAAAAAAAAGAAGAAGAAAGAAGAAAAAAGUCAAGGGUUUUUGACCUAGUGUUUGUGUUUUCUUAAAGCACAGGAAUAGGGGUGGACAUUCAGUCUGUGGUAUGGGGAGGUUAAACAUGAAACUGUCCAAAGGAAUGCAAUCUAAUUGGUAACAGUUGUGUUAAAGAGGCAGCUGUGAAUAUUCGUUCCAUUUUGCAACUGUUGGUUUUGAAAUUAUCUUUAUGCACUUUAAGAGUCCAUUUUCACAGGGACGGUUUCUUAACCAAGAAUGGCUGUGGCUCUUGGAGUUCUCAGAGACCCAAGAGUAGCGGACAGUGUAGAACAGACAGGUUGUGAAUUGAAAGCCGACGUAAACAUGCUGAUGACUUAACAAUAUCAAAGAAGGAUAGGAAACAGAUUUCAUCUUUCUACCAAGUACCUCACUAUAAGUAAACCGAAGAUAAAACCUGAAUUUACCUAAGAGAGGAUUAUGAGUUGGUAUCCCCCCAAAAAGGGUUGAGGAGGGAUAAUUGUAUCUAAUAAAACCCAGUAAGUGUUUAUGGAAUUGAAUUUAAAAUCAACUUUAGGGGAUUCUUACUGUGAAUCCAUUUAAAAAUAAUGAUUUGAAUUUAUCAGAAUUUGGGUGGUAUAUAAACUGUUAAUACAAAUUCUCAUAAUAGGGAAGGCAAAUAAGAAUAAAUGAGAAGCACUUCAGUGGACGUCUGGGCAUUUAUGGACUUUAGGGUACCUAGCACAAGAAGGGAAAAGAAUAAUCAUUAUAUACUAAUGGAUUUUCAUAUAUUUGUAGUUGUUUCUUAUGUCUACUGAGCUUGUUUCUUGUAAACUUCCCUUUGUCUUGAGUAGGUAUAUCUUUUCAUAUCGACCUGUCCUUGAAAAUUUACUUGAUAAAAGAGUCUGAAAUCCACUUGAGGACUGAAAAGGAGCUUUGUGUAAAAGGCAAGAAACACGGAAAACUUACGUAAAUCUUAAUGACUGUGUUCUAUUUAAAGUGAGGUACACAUGAAGUUUCCUGUCUUUGUCUUUUGUAGCAAGAAUUACAGAUUUUGUACUUUACUGGGUCUGUGGAACUGAGAAUUGAUAGAUUUCACUUUUUAUUACUUGACAAAACCCACAAAGGAGGAUAUGAAUUUAGCAGGUACGACCAGGGGACCAUGGUCUACCUCUGAUAAGAAGCCUUGUAUCUGUCCCUCACCUGUUGAGCUGCAACCCUGAGUUACACCCCCAGCAAGCCCUCACAGGAAGAGCUCUCCACCGUCCUGUGACAAGCGGUGGGGAUUUGUGGAUAAACACCUAGUGUGGUUGAUUUUGCACUGGGCAGUUCUUCAGUAUGAUCUAUUUUAAUUAACAUUUACAAAUAAUCAGAGUUAACUUGUGUACUUAAAACCUGUGUUUCACAACUCUGGCCAGAGGUAGCAUUUUGAUUUUAGGGAAAGACCUAUUUUUCAUUAACGACCAUGCUGCCUUAGAAAUCUCAUGUGAGGAAGAGGGUUGAAUAAAGUAUCUUUCAGAGGGCUUUGAAAUGCCGAAUCACAAGCAAAUGGAAUUCGCACAUACACUUUCCAUUAGCUGUGCCUCGUGUAAUGUGAGCCCAGAUUUUCGCAGCUCUCAGCUCCCAUCAGUAUUGUUUGCCAAAUCACAGGAGCUCCUGUUUUACUGUUUUCCUUACAAAUUUUGGUACUUUAUUUCCAUUUUCUAAAAUGAAUUUUCCUGCUCUUAAAGGUCUCAGUAUUCUGGCUCUGUCUCUUGAACCCAGGUCCUCACUGACAGUGUUUGUCUUUUCAGUAGAAUUUUCCCAGACUAGACACACAGGAUUAGACACACGAGCUUCUCUUUCAUUUUAAUGUGAGGAAAACCAUCUUUCAGAAACAAAGUAUCACUUAUAAAUGUAUUUCUAGGUGAGGAAGAAUGCUUUUUUUUAACAGCUGCUUGUCCUGAUCCAGAUUUCUCUGCACACUGAACUUUAAAGAAUAAGUAUGAUAGAAAUAAGCUAUACUAUAACCAUGAGUGAAGAUCAUUUCUAGUAAGAAGACUCUGGGUCUUGUUUCUCAAACAACCAUUCUCAUUACUUUUGAAGAUACAGUCAUUUGCUUCUGAAACAAGCACAAUUAGCUAAAUUUAUUUUUUUUCUUUUUUUUAAUUUUUAAUAGCCCAGUGCAGGGCUUAACUCAUGACCUUGAGAUCAAGAGUUAGUUGCUUAACUGACUGAGCCCCUGGGUGCCCUAAAUUAAUUUUCUUUUUAUGAAUUUAUAUAAAUUGGCUCACCAUAAUGAAUAGUGUGUUCCUACAGAAUUUGAGCCCCUUUGGCAUAAGGUUGUAGGCAAUUCUGCUGUUGACUCUACCUACAAUAAAUUUAAAGUUAUAGAAUAUGUUAAUUGAUACAAGACUAGUUCAUUUGGCUCAGUUUGUCUUUGAAUCAAGCUCAGUUCAUGAGCCAGUUGAGUAUUAAGUCACAAAUGAAUAGUGACAUCUUGCUGUGUGCUGUGUUGAGGGGAGGUGAGUCUCAAUUCCAAAUGAUUUAAGUUUUAUUUCUAACUACAGAUCUGUCCUGUGAAUCUUGCCAGACAGGGCAUGAUAUUUAUUUUACAGCUCACCAAUCGGGGUAUUUUUCCGAUGUUGGCAGGAACGUGCAAAUUAGAAGAAAUUGUCGUGGGGGAAUCCCUCAGUAUUGAAUUGUAUAUGCGCAUUCAGGCCAUCCUGUAAUUGAUUUCUCGCUUACAAAGGGUUUAUGCUGUUCUUCUAAUCAUAUUGUAAGGACCAACAAACAUUUUCUGAUUUUUGUAAGACUGGAAAGCAUUUAUGGAGACUUUCCCAAUUAAAUCUAUGACAGUGUCAAUUUAUAAUAAUGUAAUUAAGUAUAUUCUGAUGUAACUGCAACACAAAAUUGAAAUGGCCAGUAGUAUGUCAGCUUUGCACCUGGAAGAUACUGUAUAUUUGGAAAGCUUUUGCUUCUCUAAAAAAAUAUAUAUGUUAUUAAGUAAGCCAUAUCACAGUUUAAGAAAUUGUAUAUACUUUUCCAUUUGCCCUUUCAGAAACCAGGUAUUUUGCAUAUGAUUGAUUUUGGGAAGAUUUUGAAGCUGGGGUUUGCCCACGUAAUUUAAGAUCAAAGUAUAGUAUAUGUAUUGUAUUUGCAAUUUUCAAAUUGUAAUUUCCUAUACAUUUAUUAUUGUUUUGCCGUGUGGUUUAUUAAAAAAUGAAAACAUACAAUC